ACUAGACAGUGGUUCCCGUGACUUUAACCUGCAUAAAGAUAAAAAUCAUGGCCUUGUAUCAUCAGCCUCGCCACCACUGACCACCCCCACCUCUGAGCUCAGACCUUGACCCCUGCCAUCCAUCACUCUUUUUGUCUUUCUCUCCCCCUCUCUCUCUCUCUCUUCCCUCUUCUUUCUUUCGUCCUCUCUUUAAUAGUUCAUAACUUCCAUUUACUGAUUUCAACCAGAGGGCCACAACCUACUCCUUUCCGAGCAUUGGGAGUGAAGAAGAUGCCAAGUUCAGGUUCAUUUUUGAGGCAACUGAGUGGGAAAGAGGCUUGGAAAUCAUCAUCAAAGAGAUGGGGUGGAAAUAAUAGCAGGCAUGGUGAUGGAGGGUGUGAGAGAAGUUUGAAACAAAUGGAAGGGCUUCACAUGUAUGGUGGUGAGAAUGGCGGGUUGGUGAUGAGGAAGAGAGUGAUGGUGGUGGUGGAUCAUACUUCAAAUUCCAAGCAUGCAAUGAUGUGGGCACUAACACAUGUCACCAACAAGGGGGAUAUCCUGACUCUCCUUCACAUCAUUCCUCCCUCCCAUAAGGGCUCUGAGAGGCCAACUGAGUCUUCUUCUUCUCCUUACCUUGCUAACUCACUCGGGUCCCUUUGCAAGGCUUGUAAACCCGAGGUGGAAGUGGAGGCAUUGGUAAUCCAAGGGCCAAGGCUGGCCACAGUGGUAAGCCAAGUGAAGAAGCUAGAGGUGUCUGUGCUAGUGCUGGGUCAGAAGAAGCCCUCUCCACUCAUCAAUUGUUUAUGUGGAGCCAGCAGCACCCAGGGGUUUGUGGAGCAGUGCAUCAACAACGCAGAGUGCUUGACCAUUGGAGUCAGGAAACAGAGCAAAGACAUGGGUGGCUACCUCAUCAGCACCAGGUGGCAGAAGAACUUCUGGCUCUUGGCAUAGUUUUAGACUCUUAGUUGUUAACUUGUUAUAAUAAUAUUCAUAAGGGCAAAAAAAAAAACUGUGGAAAAUUGUAAUAUUUGCUUCUUUUCCUCACCACCCUCCUUUCUAACCACUAAUUGAUCUCUUCCUAGUCUAUUUAAAAUAGCACUGUACUUGGUAUAAUUUCCUCUUUUAAUGCAUUUGACAUGGAUUUGUCUGCACCAAAA